CACUUGGAAAAGCAGAAGCGCCCAUAGUUCACGGUGUUUAAGACGCCCGCUGCUUCAACAAAUCAGCCUACCCCUUUCUCGCCUUAUAAAACAGAAUCUGAAACCCCCCCUGAUUAUUUGAUCACUCUCUAAAACCCCAGCCAAACGAGUCUUUCCAAACCCAAUGGAUUCUGUGUUUGCCUCCAUUGUUCAAGCUCCUGAAGAUCCCAUUCUUGGGGUGACAGCUGCUUAUAACAAGGAUCCAAGCCCGAACAAGUUGAAUUUAGGUGUUGGUGCUUACAGAACUGAGGAAGGAAAACCUCUGGUUCUAAAUGUUGUUCGAAAAGCAGAACAGCUUCUUGUUAAUGACCAGUCGAGAGUCAAGGAGUAUCUUCCUAUUCUUGGUCUCGCAGAGUUCAAUAAAUUGAGUGCUAAGCUCAUUCUUGGUGAUGACAGUCCUGCUAUUCAAGAGAACAGAGUGGCUACUGCUCAGUGCUUGUCUGGUACUGGUUCCUUGAGGGUUGGAGCUGAGUUUUUAGCAAAGCAUUACCACCAACGUACUAUAUACAUUCCACAGCCAUCAUGGGGAAACCAUGUGAAAGUUUUCACGAUGGCAGGGUUGUCGGUGAAGAAUUACCGCUACUAUGAUCCAACAACUCGUGGGCUUAAUUUCCAAGGUUUGCUAGAAGAUCUUGGCGCAGCACCAGCUGGAGCUAUAGUGCUUCUUCAUGCCUGUGCUCAUAAUCCAACUGGUGUUGAUCCAACUGUUGAGCAAUGGGAACAGAUCAGACAGUCGAUGAGAUCUAAAGGGUUAUUGCCUUUCUUUGACAGUGCUUACCAGGGAUUUGCAAGUGGUAGCUUAGAUGUAGAUGCACAACCUGUUCGCACGUUUGUUGCAGAUGGCGGGGAAUGCUUUAUAGCUCAAAGUUAUGCAAAAAACAUGGGACUUUAUGGGGAGCGUGUUGGUGCUCUCAGCAUUGUCUGUAAGGCGGCUGAUGUUGCAAGCAGGGUUGAGAGCCAGUUGAAGCUUGUGAUUAGGCCUAUGUAUUCCAAUCCACCAAUUCAUGGUGCCUCAAUUGCAAUGACUAUCCUCAAAAAUAGUGAUAUGUAUAACGAGUGGAAGAUUGAACUGAAAGCCAUGGCAGACCGAAUUAUUAGUAUGCGGAAACAACUAUUUGAUGCUUUAAGUGCUAAAGGUACUCCAGGUAACUGGAGUCACAUUAUAAAGCAGAUUGGAAUGUUUACUUUCACAGGAUUGAACAGUGAUCAAGUUGCUUUCAUGACUAAGGAGUACCACAUCUACAUGACAUCUGAUGGGAGGAUUAGUAUGGCAGGUCUUAGCUCCAAGACUGUGCCUCAUCUUGCUGAUGCUAUACAUGCUGCAGUGACCCGUUGCUGUUAGAAAGCAAAUUUCAAAGUUAUGUAGCAAGUACUUUUGGGUUUUAGCCCCAUCCAUGUCAUGACUGUUGUCUUCUUAACUUUUCAAGCACAUAUUAUUUUCCAUAAUAAUUGUUGGGUCUGGAUUGGAACCAGAUUUUUGAUAUUUCGAUUUCAAUGUUAUACUUUACACGUCCUUUUAAACUUCA